CAGAGUGGACGAACAAGCGAGGAAGAAGGAAGAAGAAUUGGCGACAAACAAGCGGCGAUCCCGACGUCAGGGGCAGAGGAGGAGGAGGAAGAGGAGGUGAAGGCAUGAGAGAGUCGAAGUGAGGACCAAGCUCGGGGAGAACGAAGCCGAAUUGGCGGGGAAGUUGGGGAGAACGAAGCAGAAUUGGCGGGAAAGCUGGGGGAGAACGAAGCAGAAUUGAAUUGGCGGGAAAAAAGGUCGGGAAGAACGAAGCAGGAUUGACUUGGCGGGAAAAUCUUGCGAAGAAUGAAGCAGAAUUGAAUUGGCGGGAAGACCUCGGGAAGAACGAAGCAGGAUUGAAUUGGCGGGAAAAGCUCGGGAAGAAUGAAGCAGAAUUGGCGGGGAUUGGAAGAGCGAGGUCGAUGAGAGGGGCGGAGGAGGAGGAAGAGGAGGAGGAGGAGGUGGUGUGAACAGGGGGAAGCGGAAGGGAGUGGGAGAGAGGCCGGCGGAAAGGUGGGGCCGUCGGCGCCUUGUCUUGUCUCGCUCUGAAGUUAUUCGUGAACCGUGUCUUCUUCCUUCUGCUGGUGUGUCGGACAAGAUGACUGAAAAAAUGCGAGGAGUAGUCGCCGUCGUCGUCGUAGGAAGAGCAGAACGAAGAAGAAGAAGAAGGAAGGGGAGCAUGCCACUCUCUUGGAGGUUCUUGCUGCCGCUCGUCCUAUUUGUGCUUUCGUCAAUGGCGGGAGAGAGAGGUUUGCUCGUGGCUAUGGCGAAAGAUGGCAAUUCGAACUUCAAUCCCUGUGUUGCGGGCCCAGGGGUAGGGGUGAAAGAUGGCUUCUCUUUCGGGGUCGUUUUCGGUGUUGCGGAUGGAGAGAACCGCACUUGGCCUCAUUCUAACCCCCAAAAUUUUUCGCAAAACCCUAAUCCAUGCGAGUCGCCGCCGCCGCCGUUGCUCGCAAACACCGAGGUGUCUGUCUUUCGACCACGGGUCGAUGAGAUAACGAUCUUGAGGUUCUCGCUCGCAGAUGCAGACCGGUUGCGAACGAAAGGUCUUGAUGCCUUCAGCGUUUUCGCCACCGGUACCGAAAACAAGGACCGAUUAGCCGCUCCGAGACGGUGGUUUGUCGGUAAUAGUAUAGUUCCAUCGUACACCCUGAUCGUCAAUUUGGACAAGGGAAAACUGGAGAGUUUUCGGUGGAAGAGGGAAAGUUGUAGGUUCUGCGGAGACGGGCAGUGUAUCAGUUAUUUCGAUGGCUAUCCCGAUGCGCAAAGCAGCUGCGCAUUCGAUCGGAGCACGAGUCAACAGUGCAAAGAGGCACCCAUGAGGUGCGAGCUGGCAAUCCAGGUCACGUGGGCAGGAACGGACAAGGAUAGUGCGGUGCUCAAGAGUUGGUACCAGGUGGAUUCGCUGGGAAAAUAUUCGUUGAGCGAUCUUUAUGUGAAGGCGGAGACGAGCGUUUAUGACCAAUACAACAGAACUAAAAGCUCGGCAAUGGAUACGAUCAACGGAUUGGCCAAUGGGGCGAGGUGAAAAUGGGGUAGAGGUGUAUAAGAGAAGAGAGAGAGAGAG